AUGACCGACGGCCCAAUCCGCCUCCGCGAAACCUUCGCCUCGACGCCCGUCUCCGCCCACAACGACGCCUGGGACGCCCUCUACGCAGAGUCCUUCCACCCCUGGGACCGCGCCGGACCCUCCCUCGCCCUCGCCGACCUGCUCGCCCAGCGAACGGACCUCAUCCCGCCCUCCGUCGAGCGCCGCGACUCCUCCUCCUCUUCCUCCGGCACGGCCUCCAUCGCCCGCCGCCUGGCCCUGGUUCCGGGCUGCGGCCUCGGCCACGACGUCCUGCUGCUGAGUGCCCUGGGCUACGACGUCGUCGGUCUGGAUUACAGCGCCCGCGCGCUGGAGCUCGCGCGCGAGAACAAGGCCAAGGCGGAUGCCGAGGGGCGAUAUGCCGAGUAUGUCAGGGACGGCGUCGGCAGCGGCCGGGUGACUUGGGUUUCGGGCGACUUCUUCGGCACUGCCUGGGAAGCCGACGCGGGCGCAAGCAAGUUUGACUUGAUAUUCGACUACACGUUCCUAUGCGCCCUGAAGCCCUCCGAGCGCCCCCGAUGGGCCAAGCGCAUGUCCCAGCUCCUCGCCCCCGGCGGCCAGCUCAUCUGCCUCGAGUUCCCCUCCGGGAAGCCCCUGUCGCUGCAGGGCCCGCCCUGGGGCGUCUGGCCCGAGGUCUACGAGGCGCUCCUCGAGCAUCCCGGCGAGCCGAUCGAGUACGCCGACGACGGCAGCGUCAAGUCCGAUUCCGUACCACGGCUGCCCCAUCCCGACGGGUUGCAUCGCGUGUGUCUCGUCAAGCCCCAGCGGACGCACAAGGCGGGAACGAACGAGGACGGGAGCGUCAGGGAUUUUAUUUCCGUGUGGACUCGGUAG